GGAGCGCCAUAGAGUCGGAGGAUGGCAAGCAAGUGCGGCAACUGCAAGAGCAGCUAUCACGGCAAGAAAGCGAGCUUCAGCGCCUGAUGGUAGAGCUUGAAGAUGCGAACGUGGCGCUUGCUGCCAAAGAUGAAAAGCUCGACAGUCCAAGCUCUCGGGCUUCGUUCCAGAUCUCGCCAAGCUACUGGGAGACCGUAGAGCUGCAGGCCUUGAAAGAGGAGCUCCAGCAAAGAGAUGCCGAGGUGCAACGCCUUCGAACCAGCCUCGCUGAUGCCGAGACAAAGAUUCCAAACAUCAAGGAUGGCGAGGAGACGCUAAAGGCCACAGUGCCCAAGUCCGUCAACCACUGGGGGUUUCGGCUUCAGCGCGGACUGGUCUACGAGGUAAAGAAAGGAGGCUGGGCUGAGGCCGUGAGCCUGAGACUGGGCGAUCGGUUGUUGACCAUGCAGGGCAGGCCCACUGCAGACUACAGCAGAGAGGAGUUCGACCGGCGCCAAGCCGAGGUCAAGUCUGAGCGGCCUCUGCAGCUGAAGUUUCAGCGUGGCGGACGAAGGCAAGCAGAGGAGGUGGCGUCGACGAAGAUUCAAGCCAACUGGAAGGGCAAGAAAGCGCGGAAGCUCCCGCAGAUCGAGGCUCGGCUUCGCAUUGGGGACGGCGAGAUCUUGACGGCGACAGCGGAGGGACGGGCCGAGCUCGGCUUCAAGCUUGAGCACUGGCCACCAGCCCCACGGGUGCUGGUCCUCUCCGUCCGAAGAGGUGGCUGGGCAGGGGGAGUUGGGAUGAAGCCAGGGGACGAGCUGCUGACGGUGAAGGGCCAUUCCCUCCAGCACCUUGACCGCGGAAAGUUCCAAAAGCUUGUCGACAAGGAGCGUCCACUGGAGAUCACUUUUUGCCGCGGCACGAAGGAAGACGUGCAAAGGAUUGCAUCAAGCAAAAUUCAGGCAGGCUGGCGACAACGACGUGUGGAGGAAGGCAGUGCGCCCAAUGCAGCAAGCCACCCCCCGGCUGCACCUUCGCAAGAGCGGAUCUUUGCCAUGAUCAGCGAGAGCACCGAGGGAGCUACCGCGUCCGAGCUGAAGGGGCAGCUGGCAGAAAGGGAGCGGGAGCUGAGGAUCCUCCGCCAGGAGUUUUCCAAAGCCGAGUCCAUGUUCCAGACGAGCCUCAGAGACAUCUCGACCGAUUCCUCCAACUCUGCGGUGGAGCUGGCCUCCUUGAAAGCACAGCUGGUUGUGGAGCAGUCCAAGGCUGCGAAAUGCCAAAGCGACACUGCGGCCAAAACCACGAACCUUUCGGCGAAGCUCCAAGUGGAGCAGCGGAAAAGCGAAGCUCUAGAGACGCGCCUCAUCCAGGCAGCUCCUCAGCUUGCAGUACUCGGUGAAAAGAGGGGCCAUAGCGAACUUUUCCUUUGGGUGCGGCCCGACCCUCUGUCCUGUAUGUGCAGCUUUGACUCGGAGACCAGCCGUGUCGACGGCUUGUCUUGCUGGGGGUGUGCGCAGCACGAGGAGAUGCAGGAAGUGAUCCAUCAAGAGCAGAUGAGCGAAAUCACGGACUUUCUGACAGAGAAGCAGCAAGAGCUUCGUCUUUCUGACACGGACCUGCUGGAGAUGAGCGAGAUGAAGGAGUUGAAGGAAAGGCUGGCAGAGGAGCAGGCCAAGGUCUCGCAGGCGGAGCGGAAGCUCGUGAAGAGCUGGUCAGACCAGCGAGCGAUCGACCUACAGUGGCAAGCAGAGGUGGCAGCCCGUGAUGAAAGGCUGAAGGAAGUCCAAAAGGACCUGGCAAAAGCAGAGUGGUGGGCCUCACUCUCCAAGCGUUCCCCUCAACACAAGGAAAUCCUCGACAUCAAGGAAGAGCUGUCCAUGGAGCAGUCAAGAGCCUCUCGUGCGGAGAGGAGACUGGCCGAAGCUCAGGACGCUGCUCGGCUGCUUGAAGAGAUGCAAACUCUUCAGGACGCCCUCAAUCAUGAGGAGGCCUGCGUGUUGCAGAUGAAGACGGCUCUCAUUCACGCUCAAGCGCAGCGGCAGCUCACGGCCGAGGUUGCCACACAAAUCCAGGCAGCAGCGGAUGCGACGGCCAAGGGGAACUUGGAGCAGCUGAGCUGGGAGUUUGGGAGGCAGCAGCGUGAGCUGCAGAAGGUAAUGUCCGAAGACGCAGCAGCGGUAAAGAUGCAGGCUAGGACACGCGGGAAUCAGGCACGCAAGCAAGUGGCGGUCAUGAAGGCCAGCAAGAAGGCGGAGAUUCAACCGACUGAAUCUGCCGAAGACCCGAUUCCUGGCGCCACGACAGGCCCUCCCAGCUCCACACCUCCAGAGAGCAAGAAACAAGAGAAGGACCAGAAGGCCCUUGACUCCGAAACCCUCGAGCUUCGCGCCAAGCUGACGACAGCGUUGACGGACUCGGCUCAGAGUGGCGCUCUCGCAGAAGGCUUGGAGAAGGUGUAUGGGAAACCCUCUCGUGCCGUGCAGACGCUUCGAAAGGAGGUGGCGGCCUUGAGAAACAAGCUCUCACUGGCGGAGGCCUCCAGGGCGGUUACGCCACCGUCGACACCGUCACGAAGGACUCCCGCGAAGAAGAAGCUUCAGCAGUCGCCAAGUUCUGUGCGUUUCGCCAUGGACGAGGCAGCCGAGGGAGCUUUGCCGCCCGCUUCUGCUUCAGGAGGGCAGGAUGCGAAGGUGAAGCAGUCCGAGGAUAGAGCGCAGAUCUUUCAAGAGGAGGCUGCCAACUUCUCGAAGCAGAUGGAGCAGAUGCGCAAGGAACAGGUGAAGAUGAAGCAAGAGCUGGAUGAGGCGAAGGUAUCCUGGACCAUGCCACCCUACGGCAUAAACAGCGUCUUCAGCCAGCCUCCGUCACAAGGCAGAGCAGCCCCGUAUCCGUCGAAAACGACAUGGGCACCGCAGCACCAGCAGACCUCACCUGAGUGGGUUUCCCGGCAGAGCCCUCCAGUGACGACUCAGGUCGUCGAGUCUCCAAAAGGCCGGAAGGGAGGAUAUGGCGGUGCAGGCGGAUAUGGUCCAUCACGGAGCGGCCUGUCCGCAAGCGUGCAGGCAGUGGCUGCAAGGCUCGAGGCUGGGUCCAAGGGCCCGACAGCAGGACGAGAUUGGACUUCCCAUGCGGGGGGCUGCGGGGGUCAGUCAGAGUCCUACCUUCAACAGGUCAAGCAGAAGUUGUCCGGAACGGCCAAGACGAGCACGGCCCAUGUGACGCAUUCCCAGCCUGAUCAGCCUGCCACGAGCAAUGUGGGAACACGAUUGGCGACUCAAGGAUCCGCGCUCAAAGCCUUGUCCGAGCGCUUGGGGAGGGCACGUGGAACGCCCGGAGGGUCGCAGCCCAAAUCGAAAGCGAAAGCGACCUUCCCGGCUGUGGCCGAGAGCUUUUGGCCGAAGUCCGGCACACUGGCACUGCGAGUCUGCUCUGAGGAGACCCUGCGCCGAAGAGAUUCCAACCGCAAAAGAGAUUCCGGCGUGCGAAGUGAGAGGGAGAAGACUGACAAGGCGAUCUACCUCGGCGAAAUCUCAGCAAAGGAAUCCAUGCUGGAAAAGGCGCAGGAGGAGAUCCGUGCACUUCAAGAUCAGAAGGCUGACGCUGAGAAGGAGCUCCAGAUGAUCCGCAACGAGAACUCCUCGUACUCCCCCCCAGAGCUGCAGGAACAGGCAGAAACUCGCCAGCUGCAGUGCGCCCUGAACAUGCAGGAGGAGUUGAGUACAGAGUUGAGAAGACGUCUCUGGGAGGCACGCGAUGAGCUGACUGCUGCGAAAUCCAUGGGAUGGCAGCCAGAGGUGCCAGUUCCACCAAAGGCGGCCGAAACGCGGUCUUCACCAAAGGCGGAGCCGCAGGAACUGCAGGCACUGCCAUCCGCGGAAACGGAUCUGGGCUCCGUUCCGACUGUGGAGGUGACCCAGAAUGAGGAUUCCGCAGUGCGACAGGCCUUUCGCCACGAGCAGGAAGUGGCCCAGAACCUGCGCCUUGAGCUGCGAGAGGUUGAGACAGCUGCAGUUGCGACAGCAGAGGCCGCCGAGGCGCGAAUCUUGCAGAUUGAGGCCAUGGAUAGAAGAGGGAGAGUGGCCCUGCACAUGGCCGAAACUGCUGCCGAGAAAGAGGUGGUGCUGAAGCAAGAUGCUAUCAAAGCUGCAUGCGAGGCCGAAGCAGUGCUGGACCAGGCUCGGGGUGCAGAGCAGCGCCUGCGCCACGAAAUCUACGAGCAGUCUCAGGCAGCUUUCCGUGAGAGUGCCGUCUGCGAUGGCCUCCGAAGAGCUCUGAUGAAUUCCGUGGAGCAGGAGAUGGCCCAGGAGGCUUUGCACGCUGCACGCACUCAGCCCGCCUCCAAUCCGAUCCCGGAGAGGUCGUCAGAUCCCGCGUCAAAGCCAGCACAGAGACCUGGCGAGGCUCCUGGUGGGUCCCUUGGAGGCCGUGGAGCCCAGCCAUCCCAGCCUUCUCCCCCGAGAGCUUCGCAGCUCUUCGCUACGAAGCUGUCGAACCGGGAGGACCUGAAGCAUGAUCUGAUGUCGCCUGUAGACGUCAAAUCAUGGAUGGAGCCCUCGAUGAUCUCGCAGCCCUCUCUGCUGAGUGCAGCAGCCAGCGAGGCCGCCAGCCUGCGAAAGGAGGCCGAGCAAUUGCGGAAGGAGGUGAAGCACUGGCGUGCUUCGCGCCCGGCUCGUGCCGAGCCCACGGCUCCCAGCGAAGCCUGGCCCGCCUCCCCGGAGCGAGUGUCCAGCACGCCUGCGCCAGCUUCGGCGACAAGCCCGAGGGCAGCUUGCGGCACAUUGAGAACAGAUUCGGAGCAAGGUUUGAACCGAGAGGAUUCAUGGAGGCGGGGCUCGGAAGCUUCCCUUGCGCAGACGCAGGUGCCGAGCCCCCGCUCGCAGCUGCCAAAGCUACACGAGCAGCCGCCCCCGCGUCCACCGCCAGGACGGACAUGA